CACUCCUUGUUCCCUCCUUUCUCAUUCGUCUCCUCUCUUUCCCCACCAUGGCUUUCGCUGGGAAAUAUGAGCUGGAGAGUCAAGACCAAUACGAGGAGUUUCUGGAAGAAAUUGGGCUUCUCAAUGCCAAGACAGACCACAAAGUGGUAACGGAGGUGGUUCAGGAUGGGAACCACUUCACCUGGACUCAAACCAUCCCCAACUGGACCUGGUCCAAUGAGUUCACCGCUGGUCAGGAGUGUGAGCUGGCAACAAUGAAGGGCGUCAAAUUCACGGCUCCUGUCACUAUGGAAGGAGGCAAGAUCUCAAUUCCGUUUCCUCAGUACCACUUCACAGCAGAGCUCACGGAGGGAAAGCUAGUAAUGAAUUGCAUAACACCAGGAGAGAAGGGUGUGACAUUCAAAAGAAUUAGCAAAAGGAUCUAAUGCUGCCAGACUCAACAUGCUUUAUUGGAAAAGAGGUUGCCCCGCGGCAGGAAAAGUCAUGAAAGUGCUCGCAACAAUGAAUCAAGAAGAAUAAAGUGACCAAGCGGAUCUCUUAGCUUCACAGCAUUGUUGUUUUACCUUCAGAUCUAACCUCAUCGAAUUGGUGAAACUAUGUACUGUAUUACUACAAGGAUGAAAUAAUGUAUUAUGUUUGAUCCAAUAUAAAUGUCUGAAUAUGGCAUGUUUUGCCAAGCAAUAAUGGGAUUUUCUUUUAUUUGUAUCACACCAUUGAUGUUGCAUUAAUGGUCUCUGACAUUCUAAGUCCCACAAAUGUUUUGUGUGUAACUUGUACACACAUCCACCACAAAGACAAAGAGGUAUGUUCAUAUGUAUAUUGUCCUGGGCAUUAGAUUUAU